AUGGAACAUUGUCAAUCAUCUGGUGCUAAGAAGCGAAAAACAUUAUUCUCCUUCUUUAAAAAGGUAAAUGAAUCUACCACUAGUACGCAUUCUGAACCUAUUAUAGUUGAAGAGGAUAGUCCAGUUCAUCAUCCUCCAAUUUCAUCUCCUGAACUUGAGCCUAAUUUGCCUCCACAACCUGAUAUACAACCAUCUAUUUUGAUCGAAAGGGACCCCGGAAAAAGGAAGCACAUUAGUGAACAUCCUAUUAAUUUACAAGAUGAAAUUAGACGGGAUUAUCUACGAGCAUGGCCUUAUCAACCUGUUUUGUUGAAUUAUCAGAAGUCAAUAUUUGGAAAUCAAAAUCGUCGAUUUCAAAAAAAAUGGUUCAAUCAGUUUCGGUGGUUGGAAUAUUCUCCUUCAACAGAUAAAGCAUAUUGUUUUUACUGUUUUUUGUUCUCGAAUGAUGCUAAUUUAUCCAAGAGUUCGGCGUUGGUCACAGAUGGAUUUAACAAUUGGAAGAGGGUUAACCAAGGAGACAAAUGUGCAUUUCUUACUCACAUGGGUUCAACACCUUCAUCAUUUCAUAAUAUUUGUGUAAGAAGAGCUGAAGAUUUAAUGAGACCAUCAGGACAUAUUGAUAAAGUGAUGAAUGCUAUAACAAAAGAAGAAGUUCUAAAAAAUCGACUACGUCUGAAGACUACAAUUUUAAGUGUUAAGUGGCUAGCACUUCAAGGUUGUGCUUUUAGAGGUCAUGACGAAUCUUCAUCAUCGUUGAACCGUGGAAAUUUUAUUGAAUUGGUGAAAGUUUUUGCAAAAAUGAAUGUAGAAAUUGGAGAAGUUGUAUUGGAUAAAGCUCCUCAAAAUGCUACAUAUACUAGUCCAAAUGUUCAGAAAGAAAUUUUGCACAUUAUGGCUAAUAGAGUGCAACAGAUGAUUCGUGAUGAGCUUGGAGAAAAUUGCUUUUGUAUUCUUGUUGAUGAAGCACAAGAUGAAUCUAAAAGAGAACAAAUGGCCAUUAUCUUGCGAUUUGUGAACAAUGAUGGUGUUAUAAUAGAACGUUUCUUUGCAAUCAAAAGCGUUAGUGAUACUACAUCAUCGAAUCUAAAAAAUGAGAUAUCCAAGGAUGUGAUUUGUAUUUGGAAAUUUUUUUCUCAUUUGGACAAUAUUGUUAAUAUUAUUACUUCUUCUCCUAAGCGCAUUAAUGCAUUACAAAUUGCUCAAAGAAGAGAGCUUGGAGAUAUGUUGGCUAGUGGAGAACGAUAA